UGCCGGAUACGGUGCCAGGUCGAGCAAAGAAUGGAGGUCGAGCCGACGGUCGCGGACGCCCACGACGACGCCGAAGCAUGGCUCGUCGACGUCAAGAAGAUGCACAAGGAGCUCAUGAAGCAUGAGCUGGCGUGGCCCUUUCUCGAGCCUGUGGACCCCGUCAAGCUCAACAUCCCCACGUACUUUCAGAUCAUUGAGCGGCCAAUGGACCUCGGGACGAUCCAGGGCCGGCUCCAGCUCACAGCGUCCGGCGACGACCACGACGAGAUGGUCAAUGUGUUUGGGCCGCCCGCGGCCAUGACGACGUACGGCUGCAUCGACGAGUACAAGAACGACCUGCUGCUUGUGUUUGACAAUGCGAUCAAGUUCAACGGCGACGAUGGCCGCAUCGAGUCGGUCGGGAACAUGGCCAAGCGCAUGCGCCAGCAUGUCUUGGCGCGUCUUGCGUCGCAGUUUACGGACGCAAGCUUGACAUGGGAAGAAAAGGUCGAGCUCAACUUGCUCCAAAAGAAGAUCGCGGACGCCAAGGCCCAGGGCGUGCGGGAGCGCUGGAAGAAGGAGUCGUUCGUCGCGCGAUGGAACCGGCAGAAGAUCGAGUUUCGGAACGAAGUCGCCAUGCAGGCCAGUCCGUAGCGGCGAAUACAUGACGUACUA